GAAUUGGAUGUUGAUACAGUGUCCUGUUCCCCAAUUUACAGCAUGUGAAAAUAAGGAAAAUAAAAGAGGACAGCGGCAAAUUAAAAAAAAUGCACUGUGGGAAAUUACGAUGACUUUUGACUUUUGACUUUUUUCUUUUUGACGCGUAAUGAAAGAAAACAUGGGAUGUCUUGUUUCGCUUCUUAUCAAAUUGAAAGACGUCAGAAUAUGAUCAAUAAGUAACGAAACAGCCUAAAAUAAACCGUCUAUCUGAGUUCAAUAAACCCUACCUUACCCGAAGUGACAUCGUUGCCGACCCCGCAUUUACUAAAAGGUAUAAAAAAGGAAAUCGGACGCUGUUCUCUCUUUUAUUUUCUUUUAUUUUCUCGUUUAUUUAUUUAUUAUACAACUUCUUCGUAAACAUGGUCUCUGAAAAACUUGAUGCUAUUCGCGUUGGUACUGGUGAAGAUCUUAUCACAUUAACUCGUUGGGUUAUCUCACAACAACAGCACGCACCCGAAGCGACCGGUGAUCUUACGUUACUGUUGACCGCUAUUCAAUUUGGCUGUAAAUUUGUUGCUUCUAAAGUUAGACAAGCUGGCCUCGUUAAUCUCUUGGGUUUGACUGGUGCAGCUAAUGUUCAAGGCGAAGAUGUUAAAAAGUUGGACGUUCUUGCUAAUGAUAUCUUUCGUAACGCAUUAAUUGGAUCCGGAAAGGCAUGUUUACUCGUGUCUGAAGAAGAUGAAAAUGCAAUGAUUAUUGAAAAUAAGGAACAACGUGGUAAAUACGUUGUCACUUUUGACCCCUUGGAUGGCUCUUCUAACAUUGACUGUGGUGUCUCUAUUGGUACCAUCUUUGGUAUCUUCAAAGUCAGAGACCAAGAGAAUCCAAGCAUCAAGGAUUGUAUUCGUAGCGGCCGUGACUUGAUUGCUGCCGGCUACUGCAUGUAUGGUUCCUACGCAGAACUCAUCUUGUCUGUCGGUAAUGGCGUCAAUGGUUUCACGUUGGAUCCUUCUAUUGGUGAAUUUAUCAUGACACAUCCUAAUAUCACUUUGCCUCCUCGUGGUAAAAUUUACUCUGUUAACGAGGGAAAUUAUAAAUACUUUGAUGAACCAAGCAAGAAAUACGUUGACCAUGUCAAACAAAAAUACAGUGCCCGUUAUGUAGGUUCCAUGGUAUCUGAUAUUCAUAGAACUUUAUUAUAUGGUGGUAUCUUUGGUUACCCUGCUGACUCAAAGUCAAAGAAAGGAAAACUUAGAAUCUUGUAUGAAGUAUUCCCCAUGUCCUACUUGAUUGAACAAGCAGGUGGUAAGGCAACUACUGGUAAAGAAAACUGUUUAGACCUUGUACCUGAGCACAUUCACGAUCGCUCUGGUAUCUGGCUUGGUUCAAAGGAAGAUGUUGAAGAGUUGGAAUCAUUCUACAAGAAUCAUUCAUCAUAAAUAAAAUUUAUUGUGUGUUAAUGUGUGUA